AUGUCUCUCACUGCGGCACCAUAUAUCCAUUCAAAGUAUGGUGAUACUGGACCUGCAAGGCCUUCGAAGAGGUAUGGCCAUGCCUCAGGCCGUAGUAUGGAUGUAACAGCAACCACCAUCAACAGAACAAGCCCUCUAGAUUUCAACUUCGCCAAGAUCCAGCCUCUUGUCAAGAACAGUACUUUCCUCGAACCGAAUGAAAACACACCCGAUCGCUUAGAAGAGUGCCCGCCGCCUUUCCAGCCAGAACGACAUGAUCGGACCGUCCUACGAUUCUCUUCCAAUGCCGGAAUAAUUGAACACUAUUCACAAUCUUGGUUCAGCGAUGAAACGGCGAGCGCUCUUGAGGAUGUCCAUAAUGCGGAGCAGAAACAUCUCAUUGGCUCAACUACUAAGCAGAGCCCGCGUUGGCCUUUCAUCAAUGACGAUGGUCUCAAUUUGACCCAUUCCGCGGAUGUAGAGCCUUUAUUUCAACCAUCCCAAGCCUCUGUUGAGCAACCGAGACAAUGCCACAGGAUAGAUGAGGACCUUCAGGAGCUAGCUGCUUUGUAUGUCCCACCACUUGAAGCUGUACCAGAAGCGUUCGCAUCCGAGUCCCCGUUACGGAAACCCUCUGCAUCAUUUCGCCCCCGGGGAAAGGUGAUGACAUCCGCCGAGUUCGAAGCUUUACAGAAACGCACCGCUCGGGAAGAUGCCGAAAGACGGUUCUAUGACGGUGAAGAAGAUGAUGACAAGAUUGAUUACGACUGUCUAGAUGAAGCAGAUAUGGUAAACAGGCAGAGAGUUCAAAGAAGGAAGCAGCAGGCACACCUUGAAGGCUACCGGCAACGGAUGAUGAAGAAGACCAGCGGACCAGACAUUCCGCCUUUACCUUCUCACUCCCGAGUCUCCUCAUCGUGGUCGAUGAAUUCGUUUAGAACAUUUCGGGGUCGCCCAGAAGAUGGGCCAGUUCCAGCUGAGGGUGAUGACGAGGAUGACGUACCAUUGGCACUACUCCAACUUCAGCGAUAUUCUGAAGCCAAACAAGACUCUCUCUUUACGACACAGCCACAGCCGGCUGUUAACCUUAGCCAACUUGGCCCUAACUCGCCGAUGCCAGCCUUCGCUAGAAACUUACCACAAAAUCCUUUCCCAGGGAAUGCUUCCAACACAUGGCCAAUGAACCAUCAGCAACUUAUUCCUGGUGGACUAGUUGGCGUGAUAGCGAGUGAGGAGCGUGCUAAAGCCAUGCGUCGUGUAGCACCAAGUCAUGGUUUCCAACCCCUUCCUGACACGAAUAACGCCUUCAGCUGGACAGCUCCAUCUCAUCAACAAGCACCAAUAAAUCCACCAUAUGGGAUGCCGGGGAUGCAAACACCAAUGCCUCAGUCCCGGCCGCAGACUCCCGUCGCGGUUCCGCAGAUGCCUCAUGCUCCUCAAAGCCAUGAGAUGUUUAAUUUCCUCCAAGCUCAAACUGAGUUUCUGCGUACUAUGGCUUCUAUGAAUCAGCAAAGAAGCAACCAGCCGUGGGAUACUUUCUCUUCUCAGCAGUCGGUCAUGAACGUGGGGUUUCCCGGCACUGGUUCAACUUAUGCUCCGUCAAACUAUGCAAGGUCUGUUCACCAGUAUGCUGUGGGAUACGCCCCUUCGGUUGCACCGUCGGAACGCAAUACAGUAGGUCUACCAAGUCGCUACAGACCUGUCUCCAAAGCUGUGAGUCAAAGGCGAGUGGAUAGCCAUGUUCACCAGGACGGUGAUGCCAAUAUCAACACAUGGCCCUUGAAUCGCCGCGAGGAGCCAGACAGGACCGCCGUUUUUCAGGAAGACAGCACUGAUGAAGAAGAAGAUGAAGCCUUUUGGAGAGCUAAAAAAGCGAAGAGAGAUAGGAGGAAAGCAAUGUGGAUCCAAGAGAAUGAUUUAGGAAUCAACCCAGAUUGGAUUACCUAG